GGCGAGAGGGAAGUUGUGUUGCGUCUGUGGUGAGUACUACAAGUUUUAUCUGUACUCUUCUGUCCAUGCCAAAUACGACUAUACCAAUAAUAUCAAUCCGCUCUGUUGUUUCUCCUUGCAUUCUUCCAGUCUUUCUUAGACAAGAUGCCGCUAUGGAAGUGGAGUUCUAGAUGAUCAGCCGUCAGAUCGAGAAGAAUCGUUCAACUGACUGUUGUGACUUUAGGUUUGCGGUUGGAUGAACGUGGCAACUGUAGCAGUUGCUGUUUCGUACGGAUAUGGACGCCACGCCGAUACCCUUUCUGUCGACGAAAAGUCAGGUGCCAUGCUUUGGAGCAUUGCCGGUUACCCACCCGGACUUCUUUCAUUCGGCAUUCCGAAACUCGCCGUCGUCGCGUUGCUCACCCGAAUUCUGAACCCAAGUAGAUGGCACAAGAGGUUUCUUUGGGCCCUGUCCAUCAUUUGUGUGGUAAACUUGGUUGGGUUCAUCACAAUUAUCUUUGCCCAAUGUUCUCCAGCACGCUCUCAAUGGGAUUCAUCAGUAUCUGGUGAAUGUUGGAGCAAGUGGAUCCUUGUAUCGUUCGCGACGUACUCAGGAGCAUUUUGUGCCUUUGCCGAUGUCUACCUCUCCGUGUACCCCGCCGUUGUCUUGUCGAAAUUACAAAUGAACCGAAGGAAGAAGAUUGUACUCAGCGUAGCUCUCGGUUUUGGUUCGCUUUCGGGAAUUGUAGUCAUCUACAAGUGUAUUAAACUCCCAAGCCUCACAAGCUCGGAUUACACAUAUGACACCGUUGAGCUUGUUAUUUGGACAGUUGUGGAGGGCAGUAUCAUCAUCAUAGCCGCAUGCAUCCCUGUCCUGCAACCCCUCGGUGAACUCCUAUUCGGCAAGCGCAUCUUCUCCUCAGGCAACGGCAAAUACUUGUCUGGAAACUCCAAAUCGAGACUCAGUGGCAGAUUGGGAACACACAAGGGACUUUUCCGAACUCCUGUCAAGAAGGCUUCCCAGGAGGGAUUCGACGCGGACAGUUUCAACAGCAUUGGCAAAACGACCGUCGUUGGAAGGGGAAGUCAAGAGAGCAUCCUCGAGCAGCAUGACUCUGAUGGGAAGAUUGUACGGACAGAUGCUUUCACCGUCACUAUUGAGAUGAGCAAGACGGAGAGGCACUAAUUAUCUUUGAUGGAUUUAAGUUAAUUUGUCAAAUUUCUGCUGGGACAAGACUUAUUGCUAUAUGGAGGCACAAGAACACAUCCGCUGUGUCGUAUUCUCACCCAAAUGCCAUUCAAACUUUCUUGCAUGUGGUCAAUGAAUC